CGCCGGGUGUCGGAAAACAUGGCACUUAAACGGAUUCAGAAGGAGGUGAUGGAUUUGCAGAGAGAUCCCCCAGCACAGUGCUCCGCAGGGCCUGUAGGAGAGGAUUUGUUUCACUGGCAGGCGACUAUCAUGGGCCCUAAUGACAGCCCUUUUCAAGGUGGCGUUUUCUUCCUUACUAUUCACUUCCCCACAGAUUAUCCUUUUAAACCUCCAAAGGUGGCAUUCACAACUAAAAUCUACCACCCUAAUAUUAACAGCAAUGGUAGCAUCUGCUUGGACAUCCUGCGGAGCCAGUGGUCCCCAGCACUGACAGUUUCUAAGGUUCUACUGUCAAUUUGUUCCCUUCUAUGUGACCCAAACCCAGAUGACCCUUUGGUUCCUGAAAUUGCUCACACGUACAAAGCUGACCGGGAGAAAUAUAACAGACUAGCAAGGGAAUGGACACAGAAAUAUGCAAUGUAAUGGUCUUUCUAGUAGCACAGCCAGACUGACAGACUGGAGAGGGGAGAAUUCCUCAAAAGAGGUUAGACACUCCUGCUCCUCUUAUCUUCUUGUGCCAACAUGCCCACAUUUUUUUUUUAUAUAUAUACCAACAACAGUCAACCAAAAAUCAAAAGAAUAACCCAGGAACUUAAAGGACUCCCCC